CCUCCAGCUUCCCAGAUGGUGAUUCUCGGGACGUAUUUUGCAGUUGUCCUCGGACUGUACCUGGUGCCCCUCACCUCCUCCCCGUGCAUCAUGGAAAGGAAGGACCUGGGACCCCAGCCUGCACUCCUCGGCCACCGCGGAGCCCCCAUGUUAGCACCUGAAAACACUCUGAUGUCCUUCCAGACAGUGGAGGAGAAGGUUUAUGGUGUGCAGGCAGAUGUGGUGAUAAGUUAUGACGGAGUGCCUUUUCUUAUGCACGACCAGACGCUGCGGAGAACCACCCAACGUGAGGAAGUCUUCCAGAAUGCUUACGACCAUUCCUCUAUGUUCAACUGGACAGAUUUGGAAACACUAAAUGGCAGGCAAAGGAAUGACCCCUUCUGGACAGUCAACUCCUUUGCCCCAUCGGACUUCGUGAAAGCCGCCAACCAGUCGAUCUGCAAACUGACCGAGAUGCUGGAGACCAUCAAGGACAACGCCACCGUCCUCUUGAACUCCAAGACUUGCCCGAAAAAGGAUCACCCGUAUUACACGACUCGUGUCAAUGUCACCCUGGAAACCGUCCUCGCCUCGGGCAUCCCUCAGCAGGCUGUAAUGUGGUUGCCCAGUCUGGACAGGCCUCUCGUUCAGGAGGUGGCCCCUGGAUUCCAGCAGACCUCUGGCCGGAAGACAGACCCUCGGCGGUUGAGAGAGCGAGGUUUCCAGAAGCUCAACCUGAGAUACACCCAGGUCACCCGCGAGGAUAUCAGGGAAUAUGCCAGCGCAAACCUGAGCAUCAAUUUGUACACCGUCAACGAGCCGUGGCUGUACUCCGUCCUCUGGUGCAUGGGGGUUGAGUCCGUCACCUCCGACAACUUGCAAGUUCUCCUUCGGCUACCUUCCCCCCUUUGGCUGAUGCCUCCAGGUGAAUACCGUCUAAUCUGGAUAACGGCGGACCUUAUUUCCUUUGUCAUAAUUGUAGGAAUUUUUGUCUUCCAGAAGUGGCGCUUCAGCAGCAUUCGCACCUACAACCCGGAGCAGAUCAUGCUCAGCGCUGCCGUCCGGCGGUCCAGCCGCGACGUCAACAUCAUGAAGGAAAAACUGAUAUUUUCAGAAAUCAACAGCGGCAUGGAGGCGAUGGAUGGAUUCUCCUUGUGCUCGGAAAACGGCUACGCCAACGAGGUCGUCACCCCCAUCGACCACCGGGAAGGGAAGCCGCUGCGGAUGAACUGACGCAGGGAGCCGCGGAGGGUGGGGGGGGCGCAGUGGGGUCUCCGUGACUCCCGGGGGGGCAUGGGGGCAUGGGGGGGGGGCUUCCUCAGCACAGCAAGGAAGAUCCGGCGGAAUCUGUGCUCCUUUUUCUUCUCUCCAAACUCCUCAAGCGGGAAAAAAAACUUUUGUGUGGGCGGCCUGGAGCCUCUCUGGAAACUGAAGCUGGGCUGGUUUCUUUAUUAUUAUUAUUAUUAUUAUUAUUAUUUUGUAAAGUUUGUCCCUUUUUCUGUGACCCCCCCCCCGCUUCCCUGCCCGCUGUGGGCAGCGGGAAAGGGCCCAUUGGUCAGAGGCCGGGGAGCCAUUGGCAUGGGGACCCCUCCCCUUAACCCCCUGGCUGGACCACGAGCUGAGAUGCUGGCCAGGUUCAGCAGAGAGGGACCCUCCCCAUAACCCCCAACACCACCCGCCCACCCCAACCUCCCAGACACCCCCCCACCCCAAAAUUCCUUUCUUUGGGACAGCGAAUGCUAGCUGAGUUUAUUUAAAGAUGAAUGUUGUGGAAAAUAAAAUCCCUCGCCUUGUG